UUUUAUCAAAAAUUCAUAUUAAUAUAAGCAUGAGAAAAUAAGUGAAUAUUUCCAGAGGUUCACAUUCGAAGACAGAAGGAAUAAAAUCAUGUCAAUUUCUGAAGAAUAUUUAACGCUGUUCGAAACGUCUAAGAAUAAGCUACUACGACGAGAUAUCCCUUUCAGAUAUUAUAUCUGGAUUUUGAUAGAUGCCGUGUUUAUGAUACUGACGACUACAGCUGUACUCGUCUUGUUUACCAAAUUGUAGGAUCGAAUUACCAUUGUGAAUACUUAAUAUUAUGUUGAUUUGCAGGCAAAUAAUUUCUAGUUUCUUUAAGCAUCAUUUCUAUUUGACGUUUGUUAUUGGAUUUGUCGGUGUCAUUCUACCAAUUCCAAUCAUAACUAUGACAAACUUCUUGUCAAACGUCUUCUGUGUUCAUUUGCUGCUUGGAAGUACAGUUUUGCUGUGGUCUGUGAGCUUGGCUGCUGGCUUUGGAUCUGUUGACAUGUUCCAUGGAUUGAUAUCACUGAUUUUGACAAUUGUGAUUACAAUCACGACUGUGGGGUUGGCAUUGAAAUUACCAUCAAUGGAUGAUAAUCAGUUGGUUGUCUUUACUACAAUAUCAUAUACCAUUUUGAUUUUAUCAACUAUCUUGAUAAUAUUUAAUGUCACCAAGCAACCAAAUACACCGAUCUUCAGCAUUGUGUCGGCAAUCAUCUUUGGAUUAUUCAUAAUCUGUCUAAUAUUUGGCUUUAUGAACAACUUGGACCUGGUAGUAUGGUGGUUUUCACCGUAUCCAUCGCAAUUUGUUGAGGCUUUUAUCCUCUGGUUACUAGUGUGCUGCCUUUUCGUCAUUGUAUAUACUACUUUAAUGUUGCCUAAAAUAUGGAACAAAUAACAGGAAUUAUUUGUUUGUUUGAUAUGCCUGAGAGUGGUGUUAAACCUGGUGCUUCUGAAUCAUGAUUUGAUAUUUAUAAUUUUA